AUGGCAUACUUUCUGCUUUUUGUACCUUAUAUUUUUCUAUCGAUCAUAGGACGCACCUUGGCCGACAUUCCGCCCAAAAUUUACCUCAGUGAUAUUCGCAGUGACACUGAAGUCAGUACCCAAAACGGCUUUUACUGUUGGGGCCACCAACCGAAAGGACUGCAUUACCACCAACACGAUGUUUUUACCGAAGUCCCGUACGUGUCAGCAUCUGGGAAAAGGAAAGUCGCUAUAGAAUACGCAAAAACCACUAUAAAUGGAUUUAAGCUAUAUUACGUUUACCACAUCAGAACCGAGGGGCUCGCACCAGGCGUCAUUCAAAGCAUUGCAGCCAAAUACAAAGAUAAAAACCUCAAAUACCCAUAUCCCGACGAAGAUGAAUAUGCGGUAACAGGCUGUGUGCCUUGGGAGAACGUAACGGGAGUGACUUCCGCCUAUCCAGGGCUUAAACCGGCUUGGAACCCUAAAUGGUGCCUGUGGUGUUGA